AAACAACAGUGCUUCGAACUCUGCGAAUGGCAGGUUCCGCCGGCGGAAUGGGAUCUUCAAAUGCCUCAUCGAAUCCUUCCGCUCCCAAAAUCCUGCUCGCUAAGCCUUCAGCGGAACCCGUCCCGGGUAAAUUCGGAUUGGAGGCACCGAUGAUGGAACGGCGCAACAUCGCUCCUGUCUUCCUCCAGUUGGUUCCCUCAAUCUCCUCUCUGACUCAUGGGAGUUUCAUAUCGAUCGGUUCCUCCUUGUAAGUAAAAUCGGAGAUUUUGAUUUCCCUUCUCUUUCUUAGAAACCAAACAGGACCUUUUUUUUUUUUUUUAAAAUAAUACCUAAUGUUUUGAUUUUAUGUUUAGCUAGAAAAGUAAAGCGUAUUAUUUUAUGUGUUGAGAUAAAAGAAAGAAAAGGAAAGGAGAGGGAGAAAUAUAAUAAUGCUUUUUUAACUGAGUGCUGAUUUCAUGGUUGCUGGGAUCAUUGGGCCACCUGGUGCUGGCAAGUCAAUGAUCAUGAAUAAGCUUUAUGGCUUUAACGGAAUAUCACUUGGGUUAGUGAUGAGAACCCCAAAGAGAACAAUGAGACCCACAGCACGACAAGGGAUUU